AUGUCGUCAGAGGCGCAAACUACGCCAGAAGCUCACAAUGCAGAUGAACAACUUGUGAUGGAGCAGGAGAGAGUGGAUGAGGAGAGAGAGACAUCGUUUCAGUUUCAGAAGCAAGCACGCGAUGCGCCGGUGCAAGCUUCUAAUUCGGCGUUAGGUGAAGUUGGAGAGAGUUUGGGUGAUGAAGCAUUGCAAACGCAUUCAGCGACGGAAAUGGCGACGGAGGGUAAGGAACAAGGGGAAGCAGAAGCGGAAGCGAAAGCGGUGGAGGAAGCGACGGCGGCGGUGAAGGAGGAGACGAGUAGCAAGCCAACGCGCAGUGGGAGAAAGAGUCGAACAUCGACGGAUGCACCUACAGCAUCCGAGGAGCAAGUUCGAAAGAAGUCACGCCGAUCCAAUGCUCCGCCAUCCACAUCUGAAGCUGGCUUGGGAACCGACGUCAACGUCCGGCUCGACCGACUGCGUCAAGCGCUCUUCCGCUUCCUCGACCUGAUCGAACACCGCGCCACGCGCUCCUCGUUCGCCAAAGCGCUCCCUCACAUCGACGCCGACUCGGUAGAAGCCCUGCGUCAGCAGUUUGUCAGUCAACUCAAAGACGCCAUCAUCGACGAAUCCGAAAAACUGAUCGAUUCAAACGAUCUACAAGCCAAAUUGGCCUCGUUGCACCGAUUGACCCAGGAAGCAGACGCCAGGUACCAGGCAGGAUACGCAGAGAAUGCCCCAGAGAUCAAGGACGUUUGGAGAAAAGAGAUUGAUCUCGAAACCGCCAUCUCGGCAAAGGCCAUUCCGGACCAGGAGAGGAGAGUCGAUCAAUUGAAGCUAGAAUUGGAUUCAGUGCGCAAGCAGAAUCGUGCCAUCCAUGCUGCAUUGCUCGAGACGCGUGCAAGAAGCACUGCGAUUCAGCGUGAUGCAACCGACUCAUUGGACGCUCUCGAAUCAGCAAUCAAAGGUCUCGAAGCUACGCCAGACAUGCAAAAGCAACUUCGCCAAACCAUGGACGACCUCCUCCAAGACCUCGGCGCGCGGGUCUAA